CUUUUACUGGACGGGAUUCAGACUCUUUUCUCGCUACGGUCGGCUUCGGCGACCGCGAAUGACCUCCUUAUAUUUGAACAAAGCGAGGGUGGCGGACGCGUCAACCUCUCUCUCUCUCUCUCUCUGUCUCUCUCACCCACACACACAGAGCAACCGAGAGGAACAACCCUUGGCGGUUUCCAUCUCUUCCCUCACCCUAUUCGAUCUCUCUUGCUCUCAGAGAGCUCUCGAUUUUCGAUCUCUUUGUUCGUGGCCUCCUCGUGUCGACCGAUUCCUGGAGGGGAGGUUUCGGGAUUUGGGAUCCGAUGGAGAUGCCCCGCCCUUCCACCUUGAAGUAUAUCAUCAUCGGCGAUACAGGAGUGGGGAAAUCAUCUCUUCUUUUGCAGUUUACAGAAAAGCGCUUCCAACCUGCAAAUGGCUCGACAACUAAUGUUGAAUUUGCAGCCAAAAUGAUAACCAUCAACGAUGAGCCGAUAAAGUUGAAGAUCUGGGACACGGUUGGCCAGGAAACUUUUAGAUCAAUCACCAGGUCCUAUUACAGAGAUUCUGCCGGUGCACUGCUUGUCUAUGACAUCACUAGGAGGGAGACAUUCAAUCAUCUUGCAAGCUGGUUGGAAGAUUUAAGUGAACAUGCUGGUGCUAAUGUGACAAUUAUGCUGAUCGGUAACAAAUGCGACCUGGCUCGCAGAAGAGCUGUCAGCACUGAGGAAGGAGUACAAUUUGCCGAAGACCAUGGAUUGUACUUUAUGGAGACCUCAGCGAAAACUGCACAGAACGUUGAGGAGGCAUUUAUUAACACAGCAGCAGCAAUACGCGAAAAUAUCGAGGAUAGAGGGUCUGAUGUAUUAGACGAGUUCUUGCAGUAUGCAAGAAACGUUGGAUAUGAACCAGUCAGGCUUUCAAAGUGGGAGAGGGUUCCAAAGGGGGGUAGGAAGGUGUCCUCAUCUAAAGCUGGUGGCUGCUGCAGCUGAGAGUUACUGCAAGAGUAAUAAGGUCCUGCUGCUGGCAUUGUUUCCUCAUUAGCUAUUGGACUCCUCGUAAUUAACAUACUGUGGUUACUAGUUUGUUGCACUGUGGUGGAUAUUGCACCAUCCUUUUGCACAGGAAUUAAUUUAGAUUCAAUUCUGUGGUAUGCCGAUGCUUGAAAUAGUGAUUGAGUGGUUCAUUUUUUGAUUGA